AUGAAAUUUUCCACAGUCAACAAGAUUCCAUUGCUUCUGGCGUUAUUGGUACAAAUAUGCAUCCUUUCCAAUCGAAAUGGAGUGAUGGGUCUACAAGCCGUCGAGUCUCCACCAGAGACAUCCUCGGGAACUGAGGAAGGAACUACUGAGACUGCUGCUGAAACAGCUGCUACCGAAGCGACUCCUGAAGCCGAAAAUGAAGCAACACCUGCCGAAGAAGAACCAGCUGCUGAAGAAUCACGAGAAGUCGAACCCGUCCAGGAAGGCCCGCUCAUUGACAUCUUUGGUGAAAAGCUCUACUCCUUCGAAUUUUUGGACGAAACCACUGGCCAGAUCAAUCCACAUUACACCAACGAGGCCCUCGCUGGAAAGAAGGUAAUUGGGCUAUACUUUAGCGCCGACUGGUGUGGACCAUGCCGACAGUUCACGCCUGAGUUGGCCUCCUUCUACGAACGCAUGAACAAGAAACGAGGGAAGAAGGACCAGUUCGAAAUUGUUUGGAUUUCUCGGUGUCGGGAUGGAAAUUCGUAUUCCCAAUACUUUGCACAAAUGCCAUGGUUGGCACUUCCACCAGAAGAAGCUAUGGGAGCUCGGGGACAACAACUGGGAGAUAAGUACAAGGUUAAGAGUAUCCCAUCCUUGGUCUUGAUUGAUGAUUUGGGAAAUACCAUUACUAUUCAGGCCAGAGACAAGAUUCCUCAAGAUAAAGCAGGAGUUGGCUUCCCAUGGCGUGAUCCUAUUUCGCAAUUGAUCCAUACGCUUGUUCCAAGGAGCCUGCGCGCUUUGAUCCGAACCCAAAUUCAAUCUUUGAAGCGUGGAGUUGUUGGAAAGCUAAAGGCUCUCGUUGGACUCGGACCAAAGGCAACGGCAACGGCAGCAUAA